AUGGAGGAUUCGAGGGAUGAGGAGGUGAUUAGGGAGAAGCUGAGGUUGAUGAGGGGGUGGAAGUGGAAUACUAUUCCCAUGUUUCUGCUUGGGUUGACAUUGGCAGGGUUGGUGGUGAGGGAAGUGGUGGUGUUUGGGGGGUGGGGGUCUAAGGGGAGGAGGGUGAGGGAGGAGAAGAGACAGGAGGAGUUGGGGAUGGCAGGGUUGAAUGGGAUGAGUGGAUAUAGGGGAGUUGGGGAUGGGCCGUUAUGA